GAGGCGGCGCUGUACUGCGGUGCGGAGCGGAGCUCGGGGCGGCGUUGUCCGCGCGGCCAGGCACCUGGAAGGGUGAAGGCGAGAGGCAGAUGACGACGCUGAACACAGGCUCUGCAAGUCUUCUCGGUUAAAACGACAUCAUUUUACACAAGAGUAUAUAUCAUUUUGGAGCUAAGCUGAAGAAGUCAGAAUCCCUCUGCUGACCCCUAUUUGAUGUUUUCCUGGAAAGACGAUUGACUGCCUUCAACUAGGGGAAAUUUGAAGGCUGAGUAUAAUCUUAUGAUUAAAUAUUGAGUCUCCAUAAUGAAUGGAUCCAGUGUGGCAAGUACAUCACCCAGUAUGAAAUGCAAAGAAGACCAAGGGUUAAGUGGACAUGAGGAAAAGGAAAACCCAUUUGCAGAAUACAUGUGGAUGGAAAAUGAAGAGGAUUUCAACAGACAGGUGGAGGAAGAGCUGCAGGAGCAGGACUUCUUGGACCGCUGCUUCCAGGAGAUGCUGGAUGAAGAGGACCAGGACUGGUUCAUCCCAGCACGAGACCUGCCUCAGGCUGUGGGACACUUACAGCAGCAGUUAAAUGGACUAUCCGUUGGUGACAGUCAUGAAUCUGAAGACAUUUUGAGCAAAAGUAACCUGAAUCCAGAUGCCAAGGAGUUUAUUCCAGGAGUGAAGUACUGAGCUGUUGGAAGCUUCCAGAAGGACUUGUCUUGUCCCCGUACCUGGGGCCAGCAAUGCACAAAAAAGGUGGAGCUGAAGGGGGGUGGCAAGGGUGUGCAGCCAGGGCGGGUUGGGUUGGGAAGGUGGUUUAACUGGAUAUUGUGACUCUGAGUAACUAACGUGCAAGGUACAACUCUCCAAGCCUGAGCAUGGCUCUUCUGUUGUGCUGACUUGCUCAGAGUAGUUUCCAAUUUAUUUUAUUUUCGAUGAGCUCUUUGGAGUUAAGGAACUGCAGUUGUGUUUCCCUUGUAAGGAAUAUUGUCUGCAUUUUUUGCAAAAUAAGCUGACAAAGGAAAACAGUAUUUAAGAAAUAAUUUUCCCUGUUAUGUACCUACCAGCAGCAGGGCUCCUGGAGAGCUUAGGGAGCUUGCAGCUGGGUGAUAAGAGGGAAAAACAUGAGAUACAAACCAGAUAUAACACUCAGCUCCUCAUCCCCUGACAUUUCCAUGAUGAACUGAGAUACCAGUGGCCCAUAACACUCUUGUCUCCUGUUCUGAACUCAACUGCAGAGAAAACAAAUUUGAAAGUUCUUGGAUGAAUGUAACUUUGGGUGGAUGUGAAUUGUAUAUCAGAAAAGCAGGGUGUGAUGGUGACUGUCAUUUAGUCACUGCUGUUCUGUCAUCAGUAUGUAGCUAUUGUCACUCAUCAGGGUUGCUUUGCCUUCAUGAUCUUCAUGGGACUGCUUCGGGCUUCUUUCUCCCUCAGCUCUAAAAGACACUAUUAGUCAAAGUCUGAGAUGGGCCUUUAGUUGUGUUAGUUACAUCUUGAAUCUUUUUGGACAGUUUUGUUUUCCUAAGUCCCUUCAAUAUCUGAUUCUUAUGAUGUCUUAAUUCCCUCAAAUUUUUCUGUGUUUUUUCAAGGAAAUACGUGUUUCCAGACACUAGCAAGCUACUUAGUUCAGUUUGGGUGUUUCUCAUAUCUUAACAGAGUGAUUCCCACAAACUAAGCUGUUGAGGGGCCCUGCCCAAGUACACAACAAUCAGGCUUUCUGCGUACAUGAAGCUGUUACUAGGUGUUACUGCUCCCACAGACCAGCUUUUUUAGCGUCUUUAUGGUCCUGUCUAGGUGCACUCUUCGUUCUACCUGUAACUCACUAGGGUUUUUGUUGAUACUCUGUGGAACUGAACUGCACCAGGAGUUGCUGCUGUGAGUAGAGGUCAUAGUAUAGAAGUCAAGUGGUAGUAUCAGAGCAUGAAAGAACAAGUGUCUUGUCCUAAUCAUAUUCCAGGGACAAGGGACUUGGGAGGACUGAUAGUGCUGUGGCUUCUGUGCAGCUACCACUGUGCUGUACGAUAGGUCUGGAAAGAUCAUGCACCUUCCAGUAGUCCAUCAGAUCAGUAUGUAGAUAUAGGCAGAGACUGGAAGGAGAGAACUGAGGUCUGGAAAGUUGAAAGUUGCCCUUUUUCAUAUGAACUGGUUUGCUGAGUUUCCAUUUUGUCUUGGUGCCAUGGAUAGACCCCAGAGUCGCCCUUGUGCCAGGUUAGUCCUACCUUGAGCUGUUCUCAACCUUCCCUUGAUUUAAACACAGCCCCAUCAGUUAAAGAGAGACAUCCCUCUUUUUCCUGUUUGAGUCUCAUAGGAUGGCAUCUUGUGAAAGUGACUUCCCACUCAGGUCACAUCAUAGACUAGCUCAGGGCACUUGUAUGGCCAGACACACACAUCAAUUCCCAAAGCUCCUCCAUCCAGAGAAUGAAACUAGGAACUCCUUCAGGAAAGACUGUAUUCCUUAUCAGAGGCGGCAAGCUUGAUAAGGAGAGGGAGGGCAUGUGGAGGACACUGAAAAAGAUUCCUUCUCUUGUAGUCUCCAUGAGGUCAGAAUUUAUCAGGAUUGCAGGGAGAUCCUUGAGAAUCUCUGUCUGCAUAGUGCACCUUCCUCUGAGUGCCUGUCUGGGAAGCUUAUGUAAGCCUGAGGCAGCUUUGUUCCAUCCUUAAGUUUUGCUCUUUGGAAGCUAAGCUGCUAGGAAUGGUCCAGGAGGCCUGCCUCCCUCCUGCUGUGCUGGCUCAUUUUAUUUGGAUGUCCUUCUCUAGCCUGGUUUCAGGGGUGUAUGCUGUUGGGUAUAUCUGGAAUCCAAGGGCUGGUGUGUUGAGUCCACUUCAGAGGCAGGGUGCUGACUGUAGGCUUGGGAUGCAGCCAGUGAACUGGUCCUUAGUAAUGUAUGGAAUGACUUAUUCCUGUGACCCAACUCUUUUACCAUCCAAUGUGUGAAGCACAGUUGUACCCUAGACUACAGACUUAGCCCUUCUAGAAGAGUUUUGGGUUGUUUUUUUCCCCCCCUUGGAAUUCUCAAACUCAGAUUGCUGUGUAAAUUCUUACACAGCAAUAGAAAGCAUUCUAAAUAGUUGCUAGUCUGGCUGGUCUCAGUAUUCAUUUAUUAGAGACCGAGUUCUGUGAUUAUUUGACCCUAUUAACUUUGGGGGGGGAGGCGGGGGAGGAAUGCCUCUUCAUGAAUGUUGGACUGCAUCAGAAUUCUGAGGUAGUCAAAGCCUUGGUACUGUAGCUCAGGGUCAGGGACCCAUUUCUAUCUGUAGUGUGCCUGACUUGUGGCUAUCAUGUAAACAAGCCAGAAGAUAUUCUAAGGAGAAGAUUGGGUCUUUUUUAUUGAACCCGGGACCUCACAUGUGCUAUGUAAGCACUUACACCAAGCUGUAUUCCAGGCCUGUGAAAGGCUGAGACUGGGUAGCACUAUUCCCAAAGUCACAAGACCUAUGAUUGCUUCAUUAAGAUUGUAUGGUUAACCAUGGCUUAAAAAUAAAUGGUUUUGGUGAACUACUA